AUGUCGCGACCUGCUCCUGACAUCGAGAACAAACGCGCCCCGGGUAUCUCUUAUUUUACUCCGGCACAAGAACCGCCUGCUGGCACAGCUGCCAAUCCUCAGUCUGAUGGAUCGGUACCUCCCAAGCUCUUUCAGCCCCUUUCGGUGCGGGGUCUGACCUUUCACAAUCGCAUUGGGCUAUCGCCGCUAUGCCAAUACUCAGCCGACGAUGGACAUAUGACUCCCUGGCAUAUGGCGCAUCUUGGUGGGAUUGCCCAGCGAGGGCCAGGAUUCUUAAUGGUCGAGGCAACAGCAGUCGAACCGGAAGGCAGGAUCACGCCCCAGGACCUGGGACUGUGGAAAGACUCGCAGAUUGAGCCAUUGAGCCGCGUGAUCGAAUUCGUCCACAGCCAGAACCAGCUUAUUGGUGUGCAGAUCGCACACGCAGGUCGCAAGGCCAGCACCGUCGCGCCAUGGCUCUCGGCCAACGAUACCGCCUCCGAGAAGAUGGGCGGCUGGCCAGACCGCGUCAAAGGCCCCACGAAUGUGCCCUUCACCAACAAGAACCCUGUGCCGAAGGAGAUGGCCAAGCAGGAUAUCGAGGAUCUGAGGACCGCCUGGGUGGCCGCUGUAAAACGGGCCGUCAAGGCCGGGGCGGACUUUAUCGAAAUCCACAAUGCGCAUGGCUACCUUCUGAUGUCGUUCCUCUCACCUGCGGCCAACACGAGGACAGACGAGUACGGAGGCAGUUUCGAGAACCGCAUUCGGCUCAGCUUGGAGAUCGCCAAACUCACCCGGGAAAAUGUGCCCAAGGAUAUGCCCGUCUUCAUGCGAGUGUCCGCCACCGAUUGGCUCGAGGAGGUGCAACCGCACAAGCCCAGCUGGCGAGGCGUGGACACUGUCCGAUUUGCAAAGAUACUGGCAGAAUCUGGGUACAUUGACGUGCUUGACGUGAGCAGCGGCGGCACUCAUUCGGAGCAGCAUAUCCACGCGAAGCCAGGCUUCCAAGCACCCUUUGCCAUUGCUGUCAAGAACGCCGUCGGGGACAAACUCGCAGUGGCAUCCGUGGGCAUGAUUGACAGCGCGCAUCUGGCUAAUUCCUUGUUAGAAAAGGACGGGCUGGACCUUGUGCUGGUUGGACGUGGCUUCCAGAAGAACCCGGGAUUGGUGUGGGCCUGGGCCGACGAGCUGAAUCUGGAGAUCUCGAUGGCUAAUCAGAUUCGAUGGGGCUUCUCGCGGCGCGGUGGCGGUCCCUACCUGAAGAAGAGACGGGAGAAGAUAUAA